UGAAUAAGACAGGUUAUAUUCAUGUGGUUCCAGCCGAAGGUUUGCAUCGAUAAAACACGAAAUCAAAUACAUGAUAGAAAAGUGUGACAAGUCGACGAUAAUAGUUUGAAGUACAAAGGCCACUGGUGGAAGCCAUGCGUCAUCGCAAAUCAGUGAACCUCAACGAGCCAAAUAAUAGCAACGACAACAGCAAAGAACAAUGUUGCAAAUGUGCAGGGACUGUUGAACGGUUUUUAGAAAUUAUCUUCGGUAGCCUGGGAUCGACUAUUGCCAAGUAUCCAUUCGUUACCAUAGCGAUCAGCACUAUUAUUGCAGGAUCAUUAGCCGCUGGUCUCAUCUUAGUGAAGACAGAAAAUCGAGUUGAAAAACUUUACCUUCCUACUAAAAGUACUAGCUUGAAAGAUCUUGUAAAUGCAAGAAAGGUUUUUCCUCUGAUAGACGCAAAAAACGAGGAAUUUGUUGUUGUUCCUAAGACUGGAAAAGAUGUGCUGUCAAAACAGUGCUUCGUGGAGAUUCUUCAGCUMCAUKAAACCAUUAUUUCAAUAAAAAACUUUGACAAAUUCUGCAUCAAYUUGUCCAACAAGUGUGUGUUUACAAACCCACUGGAAUUGUUUAAUUUUGAUGAAAACAAACUAAACAACAUAUCGCAGCACAUUACAAAACUGUACAAGUCACAGGAUUUCCUCAUGAGAAAUGGRAGAACACUGAACGUGAAUUUUGAUCAUAUAUUUGGUAACCCUGUAUGGAUUAAGCAAGAUCUUGAGAGUGCAUCCGCUGUCCAGAUUACGUAUCAAAUGUCAGAUAGUGAAGAAGACCUUAAAGCUAUCUUAGAACUCGAGGAGACUAUGGUCGCUAAUGUGUUUAACAUAAAGUCGAGAUUUUCUUGUGCUGAAGUGUACGUUAAUGCAGGAAGAAGCAUUGGAGAUGCAAUCGAUGAGAGCAGUGGGUCAGACAUCCUUUUUAUGGCCAUGACAUUCUUGAUUAUGACAACGUUUGCAUGCUUCUCUUUAUUUAAGUUCAAGAACCCUUUGACAGGUCAUGUUUGCUUGGCUAUUGCUGGGAUCAUCGCAGUUGUUCUUGGAAUUCUUGCAGGAUUUGGUUUGUCAAUGCUUAUAGGUAUACCGUUCAUUAGUAUAACUGGUAUCCUUCCGUUUCUCAUCCUUGCUAUUGGUAUUGAUGAUAUUUUUAUGGUAAUCUACGAAUUGGAUCGUAUAGACAUCAGUGAACAUAAUGUUUUGGACACCGUCAAGCAUAUCAUGGCGCACACUGGAACAUCUAUUACCAUGACAACCUUUACCGACAUUGUUGUUUUUUCUGUCAGUACAACAACCAUAUUUCCCGGCAUACGCUACUUUUGUACCUACGCUGCAUUUUCCAUUGCUUGCUCGUAUUUAAUGGUUAUUACUUUCUUUGUGGCAUUUCUGUCGUUUGAUGUCAGGCGGAUGAAAGCAGGUCGGCGAGAUAUUUGCCCUACGUGCACAGUCCCGAAGGAAGAACAGGGGGAYCAAAGCUGGAACACGCCAACGCGGCCGUUAUCAAGUAUGAUAAUGAAUGCCUGGGGACGAGUGUUAAUGCACACUGCUACACGGGUCAUUGUUGUGGMUGUAUCUUUGGCUCUUUUGGGAGGAAGUAUCUUUUAUGCCUUUAAGGUCUCCAAGGAAUUUGAUCGUCGGCAGUUGGCUAAAGAAGAUAGCUACUACACGGAAUUUCUGAAGGCUCAGAGACAGUAUUACCCGAGCACACUCCAGGUCAACAUUAUCGUUGAUUCGCCUGACAUAAAAUAUGAAACCAGUGAGGUACAGCAAGCGAUCCUAAAACUAUCUACAAUAGCGAUAGAGAACAGUUACAACAAGAAUUUUACAAUUUCUUGGAUGCAGCAGUUGAAAGCAUUUGCAAAGAAAGCAAAUCUUAGCAUUAUUGGCUCAAGCUUUAUGCCUUCGUUAAAGAUUUUUCUCAGUGUUCCAGAGUAUGCUUACUUCAGACAAGACGUUAUCUUGUCCAAGGAUAAUUCUAGCGUCCUUGCAUCUCGCAUUCAAUGCUUUAGGGAGUCGACAAUUCUUGCAGUAGAACGAAAGGACGCCAUGUUGUCACUAAGAAGCGACCUGGAAACCAAGUCCGACAUUCCUGCUUACCCAAUCACCAAGGACUACAUCUUUGUUGAACAACAUGCAUAUACAACGAAAGAAACAACGGUCAAAAUAGCAAUGGAAGGCGGAGUGGUAUUUGGAAUGCUGCUUCCCUUUCUCCUCAGUCUAACRGGAACUUUUAUAGUAAUUUUUGGUUUUGGAGCUCUAUUGUUUGAGUUGUUUGCCUGGAUGUACUUUUGGAAUGUAUCUCUUAAUAUGAUUACGAUGAUACAGAUUGUCAUGGCCAUUGGUUUCUCAGUGGAUUACAGUGCACAUGUUGCGCAUGCGUAUCUCAUGUCUACCAAGGAAAAGCCCGAGGAUCGCGCUAUUCACGCCCUAACCACUGUAGGGUCGAGUGUUGUCAUGGGAGGUACAAGUACAUUUCUAGGAAUGGUCGUCACUGCCUUCGCGUCAUCAGAAUACUUUAGGAUUUUCUUCAAGAUGUUUUUUGGAAUCGUUGUCCUUGGCUUAAUUCACGGUCUGUGYUUUUURCCUGUUUACCUKUCUCUAYUCUAUCGAUGGACACCAAUCUCAUCACAUUCAACAGAGCAUCAACCGACAGCUGCACCUGACCAUMMUGUAGGAAUUUCAAACGAAGCAGUGGACAGUARUUUCCAGCUUGCAAUUGUCGAAAAUGGAGAAUCCGUCAACCACCCAGAGGAGGCCGCAAAAGUYUAA